AAAGCAGUGUGAAAGAGUCUCGCAGCGGAUCUGACGAGUGUACGUACAUGUGUGCGCAUUGUAAAGCGAGAGAAAAUGAAAGCUCUUUAAUUAUUAAUAACUCUUUUUAUGUUAUUGCGCACAGAGGAUGCAGCCAGUACAACGAGAGGAUUUUUUUCUAUUUGAUGCAGCGAUUAAAAGCAGUUAAGACCAUGUUAUAAGUUAUGCAGCGUUGGUCAAGAUAGAUCCGCGGUCUUUGUGAUGAAACAUUUUAAUUCUGUUGUAGGCUUUUGAAUUUUUCUUCCUCAUUCCAAGUUGAAAUGGCUUUAGUGGUGUACCUAAAGACUGUCACGGAGCUUCGUGGGAAGGGGGACCGAAUCGCAAAAGUGACUUUCAGAGGUCUUUCUUUCUUCUCUCGGGUGCUGGAAAACUGUGAGGAUGAGGCUCGAUUUGAGCAGGCGUUCCGAUGGCCAAUUGGGAGUCAAGUGGAUGGGGACGAGAUGCUGGAGAUCCAAGUGUUUAAUUACAGCAAAGUCUUUACUAACAGGUUAAUUGGCACUUUCCGCAUGGUUCUACAGAAGGUGGUGGAGGAGGGUCACUUGGAGGUGUCUGACACUCUUAUUGACGACAAUAACACAGCCAUACGGACAAAUAUUUCCAUUGAGAUCAAAUAUCAGACCAUGGACGGGAGUGUGAAGGUGUGGAGCGAUGGUGAAUUCCUUGAUAUUCCAGAUGACUGUGAUGGAACCUUUCAAUUCGAGACAGACAGUUUACUAUCUGGACGCAGCCUAAGCUCCGGGACGUCACCUGGGCGAUCUAUCCACGGCAUUCCCACAUUCCGCAAGACAGGAAAAGGAGUGUUUUCAGCCAUGAAACUGGGCAAGACACGUAGCUCCAAAGAUGACCACAAAAAAGGAGAUGACCCAGCUAUCUUGGAUGCAGAAGAUCUGGAUCGAAAGGCUAUGCGUCUGGGCGGUUGGAUUGACCCUGAUACAAUAUCACUGGCCUCUGUUACUGCAGUGACCACUAACGUCUCCAACAAAAGAUCAAAACCUGACAUUAAGAUGGAGCCCAGUUCAGGGCGUCCUGUGGAUUAUCAGAUCAGUGUUACAGUAAUCGAGGCCCGUCAGUUGGUUGGUUUGAACAUGGACCCUGUGGUUUGUGUCGAAAUUGGAGAGGAAAAGAAGUAUACAUCAAUGAAGGAGUCUACAAACUGCCCCUACUACAAUGAGUACUUUGUCUUUGACUUCCACGUGCCUCCAGAUGUCAUGUUUGACAAGAUCCUGAAGAUAUCAGUAAUACAUUCUAAAAACCUUCUACGAAGUGGGACCCUGGUAGGCACCUUCAAACUAGAUGUGGGAACUGUUUAUUCACAAGCUGAGCAUCAGUUCCAUCACAAAUGGGCAAUGCUGUCCGACCCUGAUGACAUCACAGCUGGCUGCAAAGGUUACGUUAAGUGUGACAUUGCAGUCGUUGGAAAAGGAGACAAUAUCAAGACUCCCCACAAGGCCAAUGAAACAGAUGAGGAUGACAUAGAGGGAAAUCUUCUUUUACCGGAGGGUGUUCCAUCAGAGAGACAGUGGGCUCGGUUUUAUGUCAAGAUUUAUAGAGCCGAGGGACUACCUAAAAUGAACACGAGUAUCUUGGCCAACGUGAAGAAAGCUUUUAUCGGGGAGAACAGAGACCUUGUGGACCCUUAUGCCCUGGUGCAGUUUGCAGGGCAGAAGGGUAAAACGUCAGUUCAGAAGAGCAGCUACGAGCCCAUCUGGAAUGAGCAAAUAGUCUUCACUGAGAUGUUCCCACCUUUGUGUAGGCGUUUGAAAGUUCAGAUCCGUGAUUCAGACAAGGUGAAUGAUGUUGCCAUAGGAACCCAUUUCAUCGAUCUACGCAAGAUUUCAAAUGAUGGAGACAAAGGGUUCUUGCCCACUAUGGGCCCAGCUUGGGUGAAUAUGUAUGGUUCUACCCGUAACUACACCCUGAUGGAUGAGCACCAGGACCUGAACGAGGGGCUGGGGGAGGGUGUUUCCUUCAGGGCACGCCUCCUCAUUAGCAUUGCAGUGGAGAUCCUGGACACCUCUUCCACAGAGAUAAUAAGCUCUACUGAGGUACAAAUGGAGCCAGUGUCCAACAUCUCAGAGAGUGCCACAGGGAAGAUGGAGGAAUUUUUCCUUUUCGGGUCAUUCUUGGAAGCCACAAUGAUAGACAGGAAAAUUGGAGAUAAACCCAUCAGCUUUGAAGUCACUAUCGGUAACUAUGGUAACCAGAUAGAUGGCGUGAGCAAGCCUGGAUCAACAAAGAAGAAGAAAGAGGGUGGAGGAGAAAGUGAGGAAGAGGAGUCUGAGCUCAUCAACAACUCUAGCGAUGAAGAGGCAGAGGAUGAUGGAGAUUUAUUGUCUGUGCCGUCCACCCCUCCUAUGAAACCAGUUAUCACUGACAGAAAUUACUUCCACUUGCCUUACUUUGAAAAGAAACCCUGCAUUUACAUCAAGAGCUGGUGGCAGGACCAGAGGAGACGGCUCUACAACUCCAAUAUAAUGGACAAGAUUGCAGAUAAACUGGAGGAAGGUCUGAAUGAUGUUCAAGAAAUCAUAAAAACAGAGAAGGCGUAUCCAGAACGCAGACUUAGGGGUGUAUUAGAAGAACUCAGCACAAGUUGCAGCCGUUUUGUUACACUGGCAAACAAAGAUCAGAAUCUAUCCGGAAGAACCAAGCUGGACAGGGAGAGGCUAAAGUCCUGUAUGAGAGAGAUGGAGAGUAUGAGUCAGCAGGCUAAGACUAUUCGCUCACAAGUGAAGAGAAACACAGUUCGCGAAAAACUCAAGCUAGUGUUGAAUUUCCUUCAUAGGCUUCGUUUCCUGGCUGAUGAGCCCCAGCACAGCAUCCCUGACGUGUUCAUAUGGAUGAUUAGCAACAACAAGCGGAUAGCAUACGCCCGCAUACCCUCCAAAGACAUCCUCUUCUCGAUUGUUGACGAAGAGAUGGGCAAAGACUGUGGGAAAGUUAAAGCUGUUUUUCUCAGGCUGCCUGGAAAGAAAGGCUUUGGGCAUGCUGGCUGGACAGUUCAGGCUAAACUGGAGAUGUAUUUGUGGCUGGGGUUGAACAAACAGAGGAAAGACUUCCUGAGCGGCCUGCCCAGCGGCUUUGAAGAAAACAAAGCAGCAAAAGAAAUUGGCAUGCAAGCUGUCCCUCCCGUCAGCCUAGUUUAUAACAUGAAGCAGGUGUUUCAGCUGAGGGCACACAUGUAUCAGGCUCGCAGUCUGUUUGCUGCUGACAAUAGCGGCCUGUCUGACCCAUUUGCAAGGGUCUUUUUCUCCACCCACAGCCAGGUGACAGAGGUCCUCAGUGAGACUCUGUGUCCUACAUGGGAUCAGUUGCUUGUAUUUGAUAAUGUUGAACUCUACGGUGAGGCUGGUGAACUCCGUGACGACCCUCCAAUCAUAGUUAUUGAACUAUAUGACCAAGACACUGUGGGGAAAGCAGAGUUCAUUGGGCGAACAUUUGCAAAGCCACUAACUAAGAUGGUUGAUGAACACUACGGGCCGCCGCGGUUUCCCCCCCAGCUGGAGUACUAUCAAAUCUACAGAGGAAACUGCACUGCAGGAGAUCUGUUGGCUGCUUUUGAACUACUGCAGAUUGGUCCAGCAGGGCGGGCAGCACUUCCUCCAAUUGAUGGCCCAACUGAUUCUGACCGCGGGCCCAUCCUGCCUGUUCCAUUGGGCAUAAGACCAGUUCUCAGCAGAUAUCGCAUAGAGGUCCUCUUUUGGGGUCUGAGGGACCUUAAAAGAAUCAACCUGGCCCAGGUGGACAGGCCUCGUGUGGACAUUGAGUGUGCAGGGAAAGGAGUUCAGUCAGCCCUCAUUCAGAACUACAAGAAGAAUCCAAACUUCAGCACAUUAGUCAAGUGGUUUGAAGUGGAUCUGCCAGAAAAUGAGCUACUCCAUCCACCCCUCAAUAUUCGGGUGGUGGACUGUAGGGCAUUUGGACGCUACACCUUGGUUGGGUCUCAUGCUGUGACCAGCCUUCGCAAGUUCAUCUACAGCCCCCCAGACAAGACUGCUAACAACUGGGCUCACACAGGUGAUAUUGUUGUCAAUAUGGACCCUGAACCCAACAUUAAGAAGAUGGACACGGUUGUCAAGAUUGAUGCUACCACCGAUGCUGUUGUUAAAGUUGACUUGAACGAGGAGGAGAAAGACAAAAAAAAGAAAAAGAAGAAGAAGAAGGGAGAAGACGUGGAGGAAGAUGAGCCGGAUGAGAGCAUGUUGGAUUGGUGGUCCAAAUACUUUGCCUCAAUAGAGACAAUGAUGGAGAAUCUCAGAGCCCAGGAGGCUGCUCUGGCAGAGGCAGAGGAAAGAGAGGAUUUGGAGAUAGCAGCAGAGAGUGCAGAGAUCAAAGCUGAUGAAUUUCCUAUGAAAGGCACCAAACCCAAGGAGAAGAGCAAAGACAAGAAGAGCUCCAAGGACAAAAAAAACCAUGAUGGCGCAGAAAAACGACCUCCAAAACCAAAAGUUGAUGAACUUAUGGUGUACAAUAAAGAGCUGGAGUGUGAGUAUGGUAACUUUGAGGAUUGGCUCCACACCUUCAAUCUGUAUAGAGGAAAGGCUGGAGAUGAUGAUGACCACAAUGUGGUCGAUGAUGACAGAAUUGUGGGCAGAUUCAAGGGAUCCCUCUGUAUGUAUAAACUACCACUGUCUGAGGAGAUCAUCCGGGAGUCAGGGUUUGAUCCGAACAUGGGAAUGUUCCAAAGCACACCUCACAAUGACCCUAUCAAUGUUCUCAUCAGGAUUUAUAUCGUUAGAGCCACAGACCUGCAUCCUGCAGAUAUAAAUGGUAAAGCAGACCCUUAUAUAGUCAUUCGAUUGGGAAAGUCGGAGAUUCGGGACAAGGAGAACUACAUAUCCAAGCAGCUGAAUCCUGUGUUUGGAAAGUCAUUUGACAUCGAGGCCACAUUCCCAAUGGAGUCCAUGCUGACUGUGGCAGUAUAUGACUGGGAUUUAGUCGGAACCGAUGACCUGAUUGGUGAGACUAAGAUUGAUUUGGAGAACAGAUUCUACAGCAAACACAGAGCCACGUGUGGCAUCGCAUCCAACUACUCUGUUCAUGGUUACAAUGUAUGGCGGGACCCUCAGAAACCAACUCAGAUCCUUGCUAAGUUGUGCAAAGAAGGCAAAUUGGAUGGACCCCACUAUGGACCUGGUGGGAGGGUCAAAGUUGCAAACCGCGUUUUUCUUGGGGUUACAGAAAUUGAGGAUGAGAGUGGUCUGAAGAAGCAGACAGAAGAACACUUGGCUCUCACUGUUCUUAGGCAUUGGGAGGAGAUCCCACGUGUUGGUUGUAAACUCAUCCCUGAGCAUGUAGAGACCAGGCCGCUCCUCAACCCUGACAAGCCAGGCAUAGAGCAGGGAAGGAUUGAAAUGUGGGUGGACAUGUUUCCUAUGGAUAUACCAGCACCAGGACCAGCCAUUGACAUAUCACCACGCAAACCAAAGAGAUAUGAGCUCAGGGUGAUAAUAUGGAAUACUGACGAAGUAAUUCUGGAAGAUGAUGAUUACUUCACAGGGGAAAAGUCCAGUGACAUAUUUGUGAGGGGUUGGCUGAAAGGACAGCAGGAGGAUAAACAGGACACAGAUGUGCAUUAUCACUCUCUAACUGGGGAGGGAAACUUCAACUGGCGCUUUGUCUACCCCUUUGACUAUCUAAUGGCUGAGGAGAAGAUAGUCAUCUCCAAGAAGGAAUCCAUGUUUUCCUGGGAUGAGACGGAGUACAAGAUUCCUGCUCGACUCACCCUUCAAGUGUGGGAUGCUGAUCACUUCUCUGCUGAUGACUUCCUGGGUGCGAUUGAGUUGGACUUAAAUAAGUUUCCCCGUGGGGCAAAAACAGCCAAGCAGUGCUCUCUCAACAUGGUUCUCAAAGAACAUGAGCUGCCAACCAUUUCCAUCUUCAAACAGAAGAGAGUGAAGGGCUGGUGGCCAUUUGUGGCCCGAGAUGAGAAUGAUGAAUUUGAGCUUACGGGAAAAGUGGAAGCAGAGCUCCAUCUAUUGACAGCUGAGGAGGCUGAGAAAAGUCCAGUCGGCCUUGGACGGAAUGAACCUGAGCCACUUGAGAAACCAAAUCGUCCAGACACCAGUCUAAUGUGGUUCAUGAACCCUCUGAAGUCCAUACGAUACUUCAUUUGGCACAACUACCGCUGGCUGAUCCUGAAGGCUCUGGCCCUGCUACUGCUCCUCCUCCUCGUUGGGCUCUUCCUCUACUCUAUUCCUGGAUACCUGGUCAAGAAACUCCUAGGGGCGUGAGGAGAGAGGGGAAGAUCACUGGUAGCCCUCUCUCACUGCCUCUGUUUUCUCUGCUUUUUGUCUCUCUCUGAGCAAACCUUUAAGCUCAAACUGUGCAUCAGUGCAUUUCUGUCUUUUUGUUACUCGUUCCAUUUUUAAAGGCCUACAACAUGGACCUGAGAGAUUGUGUGUGAUUAAGUGUUUUCCAUUUUGUCAUCCCAACUCUUUCUUACCGCAUAGCUGCAUGCUGUGUGGUACCUCAAGUCUUUUUGGUGGUCAUUUUUCCUCUGGUUGUCUUCUUUUGUCAAUGACUUGCAUUAUUUAUUAUAGAUUUUAGGACUGUCUGCUACUGUGCUUUCUCUGAACUUACCUUUGUUGCCUGAUGUGUCAUUUUACUGCUCUGAGCUCAACCCACUGCAAAGUUACAGUAUCAUUCUCACACACACAGUAGACCUAGGCCAGGGGUAGUCAACGUCAUUCCUGGAGAGCAAUGGAUGAUCAACCCUAAUAAAAACACCUGAACAAGCUAAUCAAUAUCUUUAGGAUUACUAAGGAUGCAGGCAGUUGAGUAUUUUUCAGGGUUGGAGCUAAUUCCUGCAGGACAGUGGCUCUCCAGGACCGACGUUGACUAACCCUAGUCUAACGUUUUUACCAGCUCUUUGGAAGAGUUUACCAAACAAUUAAAAUUGUGCCAUCAUUUACUUGAUGAUGGACAUGAUUUUGUCCAUUUAUCCAUCGGGAAUUAAUGGAAUCAUUGACUCAUCAUCAGAGUAGAGAUGUCAUUGCAAAUGGAAGUGACAUAUAUAAUAAACACUGCAAUAUUCAAUAUUCAUGUUCAGUGUGACGUUAUCAAACUUUCCUUUUUAAGUCAUUGCUAAACAGUUAAAAUGCCUUUUAAGAGAUUUUACGACUUUUCAAUCAUGUUACCAAUCAUCUUACUAACCACUAACAUUUGUAUUACCUCUCUUCCUCCAUCAUCCCUGGUUUCAUCUUUCUUACCUGCAACCCCUUCACCACUUCCAAUCACAGCCGUCCUGACACCACCUUCCUGUGGUUUUUGAGCCCACUGAAGGCUAUCCGUUACCUGAUAUGCAACCGCUACAAGUGGCUCAUCAUCAAGAUC